AUGGCUUCCGAUGCUAUAUGCGCGUUCCCAGGAGUAGUGACGGCAUUGCUGGACAAACUGCAGAUAGAGCCGGAUCCUCUUGUGGAAACCCACCGAUAUUUGGGAGCAUUUGCUCUCAAUAAGGAAUCUGACGGCUUGAAAAUGGUCUACAAAAUCUAUGUCAGUGAGGCGGCUGAGCUGUGGAAAAAGCCGGAAACGCUGUCGUGGUUAGAACACGUUACAAGGGAGUGUGCUCAGAAUGAAAAUUACCAGAAGGAGAUGGAUACCUGGAAGGAAAAGUAUGUCUGGCAAGUAAAUGAAGUAAUGUAG